AUGCCACCUUCAAAAAUUAUUGCCAUUUCUCAUGCUGCUGAAUUUGGACCUAAUGUUUUUGCUGAUAAUGGACUUCUUAUAUAUCUUUAUUGUAGUAAAAGUAUUAGUUUUGAAAAUUUAACUUCUAUUACCUCUCAUCUUGCAUCAGAAUCUUAUAAAACCAA